CGAACAUCACUAGUUCGGUGGCGUCUCGUUUAAUUUUCAAUUUUAGCAGUUAAAUUUCCGCGAUAAAUGUGAUAAAUGCGCAAUUAUGUGCUCGGGCGACAAACCUUCGGCGAUAAACCAUUCCUAGAACGAAAAUCAAUACGGGCGGAAGUGAAAGGAGUAGGCUUCGGGUUUUCCAAACGAACUUGUCAUUGUCCUUCCCAGCGUUGUUGUUGUUGUUUUUCCUCUACCCGCUGGCCGUCGUUGUUGUUGUGGUUGCCCAGGGACAUCGAAAUCGAAAUCUACAGUGCUAACUCGAUAGUGUCGACGGAUUGACAAAGGAGAACGCGAUGGAAACGCCACAGGGACAGGCGAACCUAAAUGAUUGCAGGGAUCGCGAUUUGGCCACGCGCAUGCGCCGCUGCAACUACGAAAAGUACAAGUCCCUGGUGCGCAUGCACCUGUCCUUUGAAUUGGAGCUGAAUACGGAUGAAUUCGACCUCCCUUGCCACGAAAUCGUCUACGAGGACAAGGGCAAGCUGAAGAAGUGGAACCGCCUGUCCAAGAAACAUCGCCUGGGCCAUGGAGCAGCUGCCGCCACAUCCUGUGCCGCCGGCUCGGGCAGCAAAUCAGUGGGCAAUAGUCCAACAGAGACUCUACAACAGCAAAUAGAUCCUGGCUUCUUAAUGCAUCUGCAAGAGCUCAAGGAGUUCCUCAUGCUGGAGAAGAAUCUCACUCAAGAAGGCCUCUUUCGCAAGGCGGGAGCCGUGUCGCGGCAAAACGAGCUAAGGAUGCACAUCCAGCACGACAAACCCUUGAAUUUAGAGCUGGCUGGCUUCUCGGCCCACGACUGCGCCACCGUUUUCAAGGGCUUCCUCGCCGAGCUGCCCGAACCCCUGCUCACAGACGCCCACUAUCCAGCCCAUCUGCAGAUAGCCCCGCUCUGCCAGGCGCUCAAUGGCCAGGUGGCGGCCACCGCCGAGCGUCAAAGGCAUCUGCUUAACUCCGUGCAGCUGCUGCUCCUGCUGCUGCCCGAAGAGCAUCGCGAUCUCCUGCAGCACAUCAUCGAAAUGCUGCAUGCCGUGGCGCAGCACGAGAAGAGCAACAAGAUGAGCGCCGAGAACUUGGCCACCCUGUUCACGCCCCACCUCAUCUGCCCGCGCCAACUGCCGCCCGAGGUGCUGCACUACCAGGCCAAGAAGAUGGCCAGCAUCGUGACCUACAUGAUCGUACGCGGCCUGGACAUCUUCGAGGUGCCCGGCAAGCUAUCGACCGACAUCCGGGCGUACUUUCUCGAGCGCAAACGAAAGAAAACCAUGUCGCCGGAACAAACGCUCGACGAGUCCAUCUCGGACGUCUCGACGGUCAACACGGUGUACACUUUCGUAGACCGAGCCGCCACUGCGGCGGCCACCAACACGAACAACACGGACACGGAGCUGGCCCAGCUCUAUGCCCACAUCCAGAGCAUGCCGGAGUCCUCCAAGAAGCGGCGACUGAUCAAGCAGUUCAACAAGCAAAACGGGCAGGGCACACCGUUGCAGCUGGUGGUGAUGAAUCGUCUGAAGAACAACGAGGCCACUCGAAGUGCCAAAUCCCUGGGCGAUUCCAUUAAGAAGCACAUCUUCCACAAGAGUCUCAUGUCGCGCACGCCAAAGAGAGUGCCUCCUAGUUUCCACUUGGCUGGAGGACCCGAGACGCCCAACAUGUCGCAUGUGAAACCGCCCAAGAUGCGGGUGCUUUUCCAGAGUCCCACGCCACCCACACCCACCUCAUCGACCAUCACCAGCGUCACCCUGGCCACUAAUCCCCGGCAUCAGCUUCAGAAAUCCAUCUCAUCCGCCUCCCUUAAAAUAGAGACCUCUUCCUCGGACAGCAGCUCCAGCUGUGCGGCCAGCGGCAGCAUCUCGGCGCCAGUGAGUCGCCAGCAGUCGAAGGAGUCGCCUGCUGUUCCUGGCCAAGACCAGGACGAGAUCGAUGCCGACUGCUGUGUGACGCCGCUGAAGAUCAUGUCAGUGGUUGCCAAGCAGCUGAUCGACAAGAAGAGCGUGGCCUGGGACGAGCAUCGACUUUUAGAGGUGGAGGAGUACUCGAAUCCCUCCACGCCAGUCCAGCAAUCUUCGCGCUACAAGUCCGAGCCUAAUCUCUCGAGUAUCCUGCCGCAGGUGGACGCCGAGGAAGAGGACGACGGCGCACUAACGCCCAUUGUGGAGGGGCGCAGCACCAUGACAGCCAGCAGCCACCACAUGGGACGGUCCAUAACUCGCAAACUGAUGAAGGGCGUCAGCAUGGGCAACCUGAGAUUCCCGUUCAGCACGCCGGAGACGACCAAACGGCUGGUGCGCAGUGUUUCGGCCACGCUGCGAAGGCGUCCCAGUGGCGAGGAGGGCAAGCAGAGGGCAGCAGAUGCCCCACUGCUAGAGGAUGUGGAUGACAGCGAUGAAGAGGAGGUGGAUGAUGAGCAGGAAGAAGACGACGACGAUACGCUAUCAGAAAACAAUGGCAGCUCCAACGAACUGCCAGCCCUGAACCUGGGCUACCAGCAGAUCCUGCAGAGCAGCGUGUACCGCAACAUGGAUCUCAUCACGAGCACACCGGCUCUCCACAUGGGUCGGCGUUCCAUGUCGCCCAUCACCAAGUCCACGCAGCGCAUGCCCAAGGCGAUGCAGGAAUCCAUUAUGACUCCCCGCUCCCGAAAACCCGUGAUGCUACUGACCGCCUUGGCUGGCAAUGGCGACAAGCAGCUGAACUUGAGCUUUGCCGAGCAAGAGGAGCAGGAUUCGAUUGGCGGCACGCCUACCAAGCAGCGGGAGCCACCUACGCUGCACAGCGAGGAUGCGACUUCCCUGGGAGGAUAUGCUGAUAUCCUGGGGCAGCAGCAGAGCUUCGCUUUAUUUAACUCCAGACAGCGGACCACGAGCAGCAGCACCAGCAACGAAGACUCAAAGCCAUCGAAUGCCUUGUCCAGUGAUUUCAAGGAAUAUUUGCUAACACGCAGUGUGCUUACCGCCAGUCCCACAGACUUGUCGUUCGCCAGUCGCUCGGAUGAUUUUGGGGGAGCCAGUACCACGCAGGACAUCGACGACUUGGACGAGUCGGAUCUGAGUCCCAGUCUGCUCUACUGCCUGGACGGGAAUGAGCCCACCUUGGCCUCGCCCUUUGGCAGCAGCAACGGUCGAAAGCGAUCGGCGGGAACGCCCCUGAAAACGAAUUUAAUCGCCGACCUGGAUGCGGAUAACAAGGAGAACAUGGAGAACCUCCAGGAGGAGCACUCGCGCACCAAAAAGCUGCUGAUUACUUCUCCCGAGGAGUAUCCGGGCGAAACGGCCCUCUAGCUUUAAGUUUCAUUUAAUAGCCCCCUAGGUAUUUUCAUAAUCUAACGUUAAAACCGUUGUACGGUUUUAAAAAAUCAUCUCUCGUCGAAAAUGUUAAAAGAAAAAAUAAGAUGGCUUCCGUGAAAAAAUGUUUUCGGUAUGACACGUUCUCUCGUUUUUAAUUGGCCGCGUUCUAAAAGUUUUAGUCUAAGAUCUUACAUUUUAAAUGCAUGCCUCGAACAAUUAAAAAAAUAUACAUAUAUAAUUAUAUAUAAUCGGAAA